AUGGAGGAUGGCAUAGCACGUUUGGAGGUCAACCUCAAGGAAGACAUCGUUGUAGGAAUGCCUGUGGGCUGUAUUUAUACAACAAUGUGGGAAUGCAUACAAAGAUGCAUAGACGACCGCAGAGACAGCGAGAAAGAAGAGGAGAGCGGAUUCGAAUGCGAUGCCGAGGACGAGAAUGCUUGCAGGGGAAGGCCAAGCUAUGACUCGAUGGGAAAGACGGAGAGAGCUGUUGUUGUGAAGGCCUGUGGAUGGGAAAAGAAAGUUAGGGUUAAUUACAACAUCUUCAAAAGCUUCUCUGAGUUUUCUCGGAGACUUGCCGACUUUCUAAAGGAACUUGCUGCAUUGUCAGAAGAGCUGGUAGUCGAGAUAGAGGACGUAGACAAGAGUCUCUUUCUUGGCUUUCUCUUGGACAGCUUCAAUUUGUUUGGAGAUGUUGAGAGUGUGAUCGAUGGGUUCAGGCCAGCCAAGCGAACACCAAUCCAAAGAUCGGGGCUAACAAGUGAGGAGAUGCUGAGAACACUGUUCCUGCUGCAGAACCUUGAUGGUGGAAUGAGACUGUUUCUGUCAUUCAACGUGUUUGCAAUAUCGAUAUACCACGGAGAUAAGUAUGUGGUGUGUCUUCUUGAUGGAAUGUAUAGAAGGAUUGUUUCCGACAUUAUUUUCAACAGAAGAAGUCUUCAUGAGCAUCUGUUUGAAGGGGAUAGCGAGCCUAUUGGAGCAGGUACAGACACAGAGAGGUACAUGAUGACAAGAUCGCUGCUCAACGGGCUCUAUCUGCUGUUUGACAUCUUCAAUGUUAGUGAUCCUUCCCUCAGAAGUAUUCUUCAUGUUAUUCUGAUGUUCUUGUCCGGAGAAAGAAGCACAGGGCUUGUAGACUUUUUAGGCCUAAAUGAUCUAUUCAUAUGUGUUGUCAGGUCGAUAUGCGGAGACUUGGUUCCGUCGCAUCUGCUGAUGAUGGCAUGCAGAGACAAGCUGAGCAUGAAGUACAAGGCUGGAUCUAUGGGGCUGUCAAUGGACUAUGUGUACAACUGGAUCUACAAGCCCCACCUUGCCAUGAUGAUGCCGGAAUGGUUUUGCUGUCCAAGAGGAGAAGAAAGGGAUGCCUUGGUGCAGGGAAGGCCCAUCGAAGCAGUGUCUGAUAGAAUCACCAUGGAGCUUACUAAGGAUGAUAAGGAGUCCAGCAGUGCCAGAGGCCCGCAUAUUCACCCUUAA